AUGGAACCAGUGACCUUGAUUCUUGUGUUUUCGUUUUAUUCGCCAGCUCUCUUAUCUGCGGUAAGGAUAAAUGCCAAAGGACGGGAGGUUCUCUACCUAGCCAAAGGUGACUCGGUCAAGCUCAGGUGCCCUUAUGAGUUAGAACCACAGGAUCAUGGUCCAAACGGCCUGGAUAUUGAAUGGACACAGCUGAAUUCUGACCCUACUAACCUGGAUCACGUGAUCCUUAGCUAUCAUGACCAGCGAGUGACUCGCCCUGACUACCAGAGAGGGGGAUCUGGAAUCCAGGAAGCAUGGCGUUUGGAGAACCCCAACUUUGAAAAGAACUCGGGCUCUCAACGGCUCGCCUCCGCGGGCGAUUGCUGCUCCGGCCUGCUGCAACGGGUGAACUUCGCCCUCCCGGAUCCGAGCCAGUCUGAUGCCUCCCUCAGCCUGCAGAAUGUCCAGAUUUCGGAUUCUGCAACUUACGAGUGUAAGGUGAAGAAAACAACUGUGGCCACCCGCAAAGUGAUUGUCAUGGUGCUAGAGAGGCCGUCUGUCCCUCGCUGCUCCAUCGCAGGCAAUAAAGCCCUGGGCCGCGAAGUCACUCUUUCUUGCAUCUCUAGAGCUGGCACUCCGCAACUCGAUUAUCGAUGGGCCAAAAUAGCAGAUCACUCACCAGGACAUGGAAACUGGUUUUCCCCGAACGCAGUGAAAGCUGAAGGUCCUCAUCCCGGCGACCUGGUCAUUCGGAAACUGUCCCAAGAAGAUCUUGGUGUCUACCAGUGCAGUGUGGCUAACAAAGUUGGAUCUGCCCGGUGCAUGUUGGAGAUCUCUCUUUCAGAGGAUUCCAGCCCAGCCAGUAUUAUUGUGGGAGCAGUCCUCGGUUCUCUGCUGUUCCUGCUCCUCCUUCUGUGUCUUGUUGUGGGGCUCGUUUACUGCUGCAGGAAGAAGCGGUGCAAGGAGGAAGCCAGCCAGAUCAGGGUUGAUACGGUGCCCCCACGGAUGAAAGAGAGAAGCCGACAGAGCAGUCUGCGCUCGGUGUUGGGCUACCUGCCCCACAAUAUUAGCUUUCUGCAGCGUCAGAAGUACGAGAUUCCCAAGGAGCAAGAAGGCACCGAGAUGACCUCCCCAGGCCAAGAGGCAGAUCUCAUCUCUGUUGUGGAUUCCAGCCGCAAGGGGAACAAGAUCCAUAGAAAUGAUCCUCCUCCACCGGUCGUCACCAAAGCCAACGUUCACGUCAACCCCGGCUUGCCUUCCUACGCCCAGACAAAAUCCAGAGCCCUGAUGGCUUCGGAUCCGUUACCCACCAAAUCCGAUCCUGGGAGAAGGGACUUGUUUGAAUCCGAACCGGGUGCAGCCCAAGGGCAGAAACGCUACCCUAGACCCCACGGAGGUGUUCCCGCGAUGGUUUCGAGCAUGAGCAGAGAAGGAUUGGUAGUAUAA